AUGAGCCUCUCCACCGUAGAAGAUUAUUACCGCAGGGCGGCCGAGGUGAUGGACCCAGUUUCGUUCGGAUAUUUCGAUGGCGCUGCAGGCGAAGAACGUACUCACCGGCUUAAUUCGUCCAGCUAUGAUCGUAUUCGGAUAAGACCCCGGCAGUUGAUGGAUGUCGAAUUUCGGCGAAUGAGUCGUACCUUUUUGGGGGAACAUUUUCCAAUGCCUGUAGGAAUUUCUCCCACGGCACUGCAAAAAUUGGCCCACCCAGAAGGCGAAAGGGCCACUGCUAGAGCCGCUGCGAAGGUUGGCAUUCCCUAUGUGAUGAGUUCCAUGGCUAGCAGUACGAUUGAUGAGGUGGUUCAGGCAGCACCGGAAGGAGUUCGAUGGAUGCAAACCUACAUUCAUCGGAAUCGGAAUAUUGCACGAGCUCUUGUGAGGCAGGCUGAGAGUAAUGGAUUUACUGCUUUGGUUCUGACUAUAGAUAGUCCGGUUCUGGGAAUUAUGAAAAGUGAAGUUCGUGCCGAAAACAACGUCCCCAACGAUGUUUGGUAUGAAGUUUUUCGGGAUUUUGAGCGACAAGGUGUCAUAACUGACGGUGAUGAUAUAGCGAUUGUGGACGAUUUUGAUCAAUCUCUCACAUGGAAGGACGUUGAAUGGUUGAUGAGCAUCACAAAACUUCCGGUCAUCGUUAAAGGAGUUCUAACCAAAGAGGAUGCAAUAAGAGCUGUGGAAACAGGAGUGGCUGCCAUUUUAGUUUCCAAUCACGGUGGACGUCAACUUGAUUCCAUUUCUGCUACGAUUGAAGUUCUACCGGAAAUUGUUCGUGCUGUCGGUGGGCAAAUACCUAUCAUAGUCGACGGAGGUGUAUCGAAAGGAACCGAUAUUUUCAAGGCUCUGGCCUAUGGAGCCGAUAUGGUGUUUUUGGGACGUGCCAUUCUAUGGGGUCUGGCGGUGAAUGGUCAAAAGGGAAUAGAGGAUGUACUUGAAAUUCUUAGAAAUGAAUUCGAUAAUGCCAUGGCUCUGGCUGGUUGCAGCUCUUUAUGUGACAUUGGGAAAGAUCGAGUGAUUCACGAAGAAGAAUACAAUGCAAGCGCUGUGGUUUCAGCAAUUAAAGAAUUAAAAAUGUGA